UCCAGCCGUCGCGAGAGACCCGGUGGGAGGGGGGUAGCGGCUGGCAAACCGUCCCUUUUAACAGGUGUUUACUUUCUCAGCGGACUUCAAAGUACAGUUAGUGGCGCGAUGAAAGAAGCAGCACAUUAAACAUACCUGUCCAAUUAGGUGACUUGGAGCUACAGAAGCCAGACCUGGAUCUGCUGCGCAGGUACAAGAAAGCAAGACUUAAGAAUGAGCUCACUCUCUGAGGACCGAAAGCCCCCAAUGGACUAUGGGGUACAAAUUCGCUUCAUCAAGGACUUGCAUGAGACUGGAGGAGCGCUUCAAGGGAACAAGAGCAAAAGUGGUGUUGGUACCCCAUCAUCCAAAUAUGGGGUGGCUGUGAGAGUCCAGGGGGUGUCGGGGCAGCCUUAUGUGGUUUUGAAGGAAGGUAAGAAGGAAGACUCCUAUGGUGUUCAGCUGAAAGCCCAAUCCCUGAGCUCCAGAAGCUCACCCAUGGGGAAGCAGGAAGAGCCUCUUAAUCCCUUCUUGGCCUCAGAGGGGGCUCAGCUCUUGCGCCGGGGCCGUUCCCAGGACUCCCUGUUGGAAGGAAAGAUUGACGAGACCCCUGGUGUACAGCUUGUAAGACCACCUGGAGACGGACGGUCCUUUAGCAGCGGGAACUUGACUGAAACAAGAGAGGAAGUAGCAGAGCGGAAUGGUUUGGGAGGACCAAGCCUGAGAGUGCAGAAUGGGGGAGGGGAGAACGAUAACAGUUUGUCCAUGGACUCCUUUCCAGACCCCCCUCCUCCAGUUGAAUAUGUGGAAGACCCAACCCCAGCUGUAGAUACAAAUUCUCUCAGUCCUGUUGACCGUCUCAUCAGUAGAUUUGAUGGUGGCGGGCGGAGCAGCCUCACUAGGGGACGCCCGGCUUCACAGUUGCUCUCAGACAGUUGCAAACCGCCUCUGAAUCUGGUUGCUAGUGGCAACCAACCCAAGACUUCUGUCCCUUACUCACUUUCGUCCUCUGGACCAAACCCCUAUGGGUGCCUGUCAUCCUCUUCUGCCUCCUCCACAAGCAGUCUGGAGCGCAGUUCGGGUUUUGUAACUAAGGCAAAGACGGUCUCUUCCCCCGCACCACCUUGGUCAGCAAGCAGGUCUAUAGCCAAACGGGUGCAGCCAGUCGCUGCAGAAGGGCAGACGACUCCUGACCUUCUGAGGGACCAGGGUCAAGGUACAGAGAUCGUGAGUGAGGAAGACCGGAGGAAACAAAUUAUCUACAACAUCUUAAGAGAGGGGUCCAGUGACAAUGAUUUGUCUCUGAAGCGCAAAGUCAGCCUCGUUUUUGAGAAGAUCCAGGCAAUUGGGGGCCAGAAGGACAGUUCCCAGGAGGCCCUCAAAGCGGAGCUGGAGGACUGUUUGGAUGAGAACGUGCGUCUGCAGGAGCAGCUGGACAGGAAGAAAGCUGAGCUGCACGAAGCCCACAAUGAGCUGACGCAGCUGCGGAUGGACAGGGAGACAGCUGAGGCCCAGGUCCGCAUUCUAGAGGACCAGCGGGCUGAGCUGCAGGAAGAGCUGCGCCGAAUGUCUGAGGGAACCUCUGAGACGGACUCUCUGCAGACGGCUCUGCUGUCGGUCCAAGCGCAGCUGGCAGAGGCGUCAAUGUUGCACCAGCGUCAGGAGGAGACCCUGCGGCAGAGGGACAGGGAGCUCACUGCCCUAAAGGGGGCCCUCAAGGACGAGGUGUCCACUCACGACCAGGAGAUGGAGGCACUGAGGGAACAGUGCAGCAAGGACAUGGAAAAGCUGAGAAGUAGCAUGGAAGAGUUUGUGCAGUCCCAGCAAAGUAUUGAGACAGAGCGCCAGCGGGUGAACACCACCAUGCACUCCCUGCAACAACAGCUGGAGGCCUGCAGACAUGAAGCUGACCACUGGAGGGCACAAUUCAAUUCCACCAAGGAGCAGCUCCUCAGCACCAAGCAAGAGCUGCUGCAGGCUCAUGUGGACAAUGAUGAGUUUGAGGAGGAGCUGAAGAAACUACAGGAGAAACUGGCAUCCAUGAAAAGGGAGCUUCCUGAGAACCUGCAGUCAAGCCUCCAGCCAACCUGUUCAGACUUGGAGAGGAAGCUAGAAAAGCAGCAGGUGGAGCUGGAUAGGAAGACUGCGGAGCUCAACUCUCUGAAGAAGGUCAGUCAGCAGCAGGAAUCUGAGCAAAAGUCUGAGAUGGACAAGCUGAAGGAGCAGCUGCAGAAGGAGAAAAAGGAACUAGCAAAGGCUGUGGAGAAGCUGAAGCAGGCUCCAGAGCAACAUGACCUGGGUGUGGUGCGUGUGGAGGCGGAGCGCUUGCGGGACGGUCUGGUCAGCAGCGAGCGGGAGCUCCAGGCUGCCAGGGACCAGCUUGGCAUCACACAGAAGGAGCUGCUCACACAGAGGGAGACGUGUCAGGGUUUGGAGGAGGCCAACACGCGUCUCCGAGACAGACUCAGCCGUCUGGAGAGCCAGCUGCAGUCGAGUGUAUCUCUGAGCUCAGAAGCGGAACAGGCCCUGGAGGAGCAGAACCGGAGCCUGCGGACCCAGCUGGAGGAGGCGCGGCGCACAGCGGCCAGGGUGGGUCAGGAUCGCGACGAAAUGGCCAGGAGGCUUGAGGAGAGGGACCGUGAAAGGGAAUCUCUGCGACGAGGCAAGACUGACCUGGAGGAGCAAAAGAGGCUGCUGGACAGAGCCUUGGACAAACUCAACAAGGAGGUGGAGCAGAUGAGUCAGGAGUCCCGGCAGGCUGUGAUGGCUGUGCAGGCGCAGCUGGAUGAGCAUAAGGAGCGUUCUCGCAGAGACCUGGUGGAGGCGCAGCGCCAGGCAAAGGACCGGCUCGCCGAGCUGCAGAGGGGACAGGCGUCCAUCAAGAGCCUGCAGGAGGAGGUGUCCCGGCUGAAGAAGGAGCUGCUGGCUUGCGGUGAGGAGAGGGACAGUGCCCUGCUGGAUAAGCAGUUGCUUGGCAACCGUCUCAAACAUGUAGAGGAAGAGCUGGAUACUGAGAGAGCUUCGCUGUCUGAGAUGGCCAGAAAUCUCCGAAGCAUGGAGGACAAGUUUAAGAGCUUGGAAAUGGAGCUGGAUGAAGAGCGCAGCAAUGCAGAGCUGUUCAACGAGCGGAAUUCGCGUAGCCGAGAGCAGGUGGACCAGCUACGCACAGAGUUGAUGCAGGAGAGGUCCUCCAAGCAAGACCUGGAGCUGGAUAAGAGUGUGUUGGAAAGACAGAUGAAGGAUCUGAAGGUUCAAGUUGAGGAGCUGCGGGACCAGCCCCGUCCUUCCACUGGAGUGUCCCAGCUGGAGAGCAAGAUCCAGGAGAUGGAAGAGAGGCUGCUCAGCGAAGAACGAGAGAAGAUCAGUUUUCAGGCGGCUCAGCGUCGCUUGGAGAGGAAACUGAAAGAGCUGAACAUCACAUUGGAUGAAGAGAGACACCGACACUCUGAGCAGCGAGACCAGAUGGCCCUGCGGGUGAAGGCCCUCAAGCGUCAGCUGGAUGAGAGCGAAGGUGAGGUGGAGCGACUUGAAGGGCUGCGUAGGAAGGCCCUGAGGGAAACGGAGGAACAGCUGGAGCAGCAGGAGGUGCUCCGGGCUCGUGUCACUGCGCUGGAAGCUGAGCUACGGCGGAAGGCCCAGCAGUUACGACACCCGACACUGGACUCGUCGACCCUGAGUUCAGAUGAAGAAGAGGGUCCCUACAGUCACCGACCCAGCAUCCCCUCAAUGCAGACAGAGCUGCACCUGCAGAACAGCAGCUGCUGAGGGGAGUGAGAGGGGCAUCCCGAGACCAGCACGAACAUCGCCUCCCUGGAUGCAUCCCAUGGGCUGUAGCCUUCAGAACCAGAAUUUGAAAUAAUUUGCAUCUAACUAGUCACUUGAUUUGUAAAAGUGGGUUCGGCUGUAUUUAACUCACCUUUUUUAUGAAAAUGCACUUUGUGACUUGUGAUGCUGUGCAGUGAUUCCUGGGAUUCCUGUCGUGUGACCUACGACAAUUUUACCUGUGUUUCUGUGGGUCUCGGCAGCAGUAAACGACUCUGGGGGGCCCGAGGACCAUGUAAAAGACCAGCACUACGAUGCUACGCUCUCGCAUCCGUUCAUCACACGCUGCUGCGAGCACUUAGCUGCUCUUUGUAAUGAUACAGACACAGAGGUCCAGCGCUCUGCUGAAACCGUUCAGUGGAAAGGGUAUGAAUCUUUGUUCUGUAACUUCUUGGUGGGGUCACUGCUUGCUGUCCACUCUUUGCAUUGAAGAUAGUUAUACACCCACCAGUGGAUCAGUUGCUCCUUUCCUCAAGUGCUGAUUUGUUGCAAUACAGCUGUUGAAAACAUGGAUAGCCUUAUAUUCCAAUAUUUACACAUUUGAGUAUUUGUUAGUAUUCUUAUUUUUAUAUUACUGUGGUGUCUCUUUUUUCCAGAGGGAAUAUUUGAUUGAUGAUCUUCCUGUAAGUUACUUCAGAAUGGUGUGUUUUAUACACAUUCCUCACUCAGCAGCCAACUCACAUGUUGGCAGUAUGUGGUUUGUCAUUUUUAGCCCUAAGAAGAAGGUGAGGAAUAUACAUCUUGUGCGUGGGGUGCAGAUUAGAUGAAGACACUCCUCAGGCAUGAAAUGACACACACACACACCCCCACAAUAUACAGGUAUAUCUGCCUAUACAACAGGCAAACACUCCUAGUGCAGUACUGCUCUAUUUUUGUGGUUAUUCUUAUUCAGACUUACAUUCAUGCUGUUUUUAAUAACUAUUUGAUUACCUUUUCCUACUGCACUUCUCUUGCAAUUAAACUUAGUCUAUUCAACCAGUCAACUGUGCUUUAAAGAGUUUAUAAGCUAAAUUUUUGUCUGCAUAUAUCUUAAAUUGUUAUUGUCAUGGGAAAUUAAAUGCAUGUAUAUGUGAAACUAUUUUUACAGUGGCUCUUUUGACAAAUUUUCUGUGAAAUAAAGUUUUGGACCAGAAACUAGGACACUUAGUGCUGUGCAGAAUUCUAUGUAGCUGAUAUACAGCAUAUCUUACUAGAAGGAAGAGUUGUUUGCGUAUAUUUGCACUUUUAUGAAUAAAAUAAUG